GAUUUUGUUUCAGGGCAAAAAGAAAAUUCUCCUCUUCUUGUUGGAAGCUCCAAGGUACUAAUCGUUGGAGAUGAAAUUUGGAGUACACAAAUUCUUAACUGGCUUGAUAAUGCCGAAUGCAAACAGAGAUUGGUUACAGGUUAUGAAGAUGCUGGAACUAAUUUUACUGCAUUUCAGCCGCAUUAUGUUAUGCUUGACCUUGGUAUUCCUGAACCCAGUCAAACACUUAGGGUUCUUAAAGCAAUUAAGAUGGAGCAUAAAGUUACCUUCAUUGGUAUUGUAAAACAAAGUGCCAAUGAUAAAGAAGACUGUAUGAACACAGCUUUGAAAUCUGGUUUUGAUCGAGUUCUUAUUGAAGGGGAAGUAUUAAAGCAAGUACCCCAACGUUCACCUGCCAUGCCUGAAUCGCUUUUUGUUGCUCUUGAAAAAAGUAGAGAUCUCAUUAUCAUUUCUGAUAAUCACAAUAAAGUGCAGUUUGUGAAUGGUCCAUGUCUACAAGUACUUGGUUAUACUCGUGAUGAAAUUACUGGAAAAGAUUUGACAACCUUUCAGGAUAUUACUCCUUUCUUAAGACAACUUGAAAGAGGCUUUGAAUGGAUUGGUAAGAUAAGAUGGCGAACUAAAUCAGGGGACACUCUUACUCUUCAAUGUCAUGCCAUUCCAUUUAGCCCUGGACCAGGGUUACGUAACCAUUAUUUAUAUCUUCAAGACAACCCACUAGAAACUCAUGUUUAUCCCCGAGGUAGCCUUCCCUCAAUAAGGAAAGGAUCUUAUGAUCUAAAAUCUAUAAUAAGUGAAGGUUCAGCAAGAAGGCAGAGUCUGGCUAAGUUGUACAAUCUUCCUUUAGAAGCACCUAUCACUAAGGUUUUAUCUCUAUUGUGUGCUGCACAAGAAAAUGCUGCUCAACCUGUUGUACAAAUGCUUGAACAAGUAAUGGAUAUAUUGCGUACCACUGAGCUGUACACUUCACAUCUAAAAGCUGAUAAUUUGAGAGCAGAAGACCCUGUAACAACAAAUCUUAUUGCUGCAUUAGUAUCGCAAGGACCUCCUUCUGCAAUAAUGCCAAGAAGAAGUUCAAAUGAAUCAGCAGUAUCAAAAAAGAAACAAGGGACAAAAAAGCAUUCACACUUACUUCUGCCCAUGUCUAGAGAUCUGAAAGAAGCACUUGAGAAGUUAUCUGUUUGGGAUUUUGAUGUUCUCUUAGUUGAAAAGCUUACUGCAGGCAAGCCUUUAUUAUACAUUGGAAUGAAAAUAUUUUCCAACUUCAAUGUUCAUAAAACACUUGGCAUUGAUGACAGAACAACGUUUGGAUGGCUAAGUACAAUGGAGAAACAUUACAAACCAACUAAUACAUAUCAUAAUUCAAGUCAUGCUGCUGACGUUUUGCAAGUGACAGGAUGUUUUCUCAAUCGUUUACGUGUUAAAAAUUUGCUUGAUCCUUUGGAUGAAGCUUGUUGUCUAAUAGCUGCUGCUGCACACGACCUUGGACAUCCAGGAAAGUCAAGUGCCUUUUUAACAAAUUCUGGUGAUGAACUAGCAAUUCUAUACAAUGAUGUUAGUAUCCUAGAGCAACAUCAUGCAGCCUUAACAUUUAAACUCACCCUUCGAGAUGAAAAAAUUAAUAUAUUUAAAGCUCUAGAUCGUAAAACUUACACUUCAGCUAGGGCUUGCAUUAUUGACAUGAUUUUGGCGACAGACAUGUUCAAGCAUUUUGAACAUUAUACGAAAUUUGUUACAGUAUUUAAUAAACCUGCAGAAGACACAGCUGGUGCUGAAACAAAGCAAGUUGAAAGACAAGAUAAAGAUCCUGAAAAUGAAAAUGGAAUAAACCCAGAAGAUCUAAUGCUCAUUAAACGGAUGCUAAUAAAAUGUGCCGAUGUAUCUAAUCCAACAAGACCUUUACAUUUAUGCAAACAGUGGGCCAAGCGAAUAGCAGAGGAAUAUUUUGCACAGACAGAUGAAGAAAAGGCCAAAAAUCUUCCUGUUGUAAUGCCAUUGUUUGAUCGGAGUACCUGCUCUAUUCCAGUUUCUCAGAUGGGCUUUAUGGAUUAUAUUGUAAACAACAUGUUUGAAGAAUGGGACUCUUUUAUUGAAAUGCCUGAAAUGUUGUACCAUUUACGAAAAAACUAUGAUUAUUGGAAAGAGUUGCAUGAUAAAGGUCUCACAGGAACGGAAGAUCCAGAGAAACUUCCAAAACAUGUUAAAUCAGAAAAAUUGGCAGCGAAAGAUUUUUCUGUAAAAGAAGAUACACAACAACUUAAAGAAAAAAAGAUAAAUGUAAUCAACUAA